AAUCAAUUGACCAUUCCAGAAUUCUUUUUAUGCUUCAGGCUGGCUAUAUAAGGCAUUCUGCACCUCAAUUAGCUAGUUAACUACUUUUAGAAAUUAAUUCUGUUUAUUCUGCGUUUUAUGCUUUAAAUUAUCACUUUUACACGUGUUUUUGCCCCUUCCGCAGCCUAAAUAUGCAUCUCUAGUGCACAAUUAUUACUGAUCUUCAUCAUCCAAACGCUUCCCCCGCCCUCUACUCCGACGGACUUUGAUUCCCCAAUUUUCACCCACGAAAGAUGUAUGCUCCUCGAAAGCGCCAAAAAGUAUCAUCGGCCUGCAAGAGGUGCCACCAGCGGAAAUUAGGGUGUGAUCCUACCCGACCGUGUCAUUUAUGUCACCGUGCGGGCGUGCCAUGUAUCUCUCGAUCUGGAUCCGCUACAGCAGCCCCGGCAGUCUUAGGGUCUCAAACCAAUGACGGGGUGUAUUCAUCGAAAAUACCAAAACAAGAUGAGGAGCUCGUCAUCCUGCCCGAAUCAAGUAUCAUGGAUGUGAGCACGAGCAUGUUUUCGGGCCAAAAUGAGGCUAUCGGCGUGCAGUAUGAUACGUCAGCUUUACCGGGAGGCAAGAAAUCCUCAAUUCCAUCUUCUCCCCAAAAUUUCCCGUGGCGAGAUGCUGUCGGGAUACCUUUGCCCUCAAAGCAUUAUUCAGACCAUCUAGUUGACAUAUUUUUCUCGACUGUUGACUGGUUCAUGAUGGUCUUUCACGAAGAGAACUUCCGACAACGGUACGAAGAAUUGAUGACGUCGACCUAUGUGUCAGCGCUGGAAGAUAAAAACGAUCUUUGGAUUACGUUACUUGUCCUGGGCCUGGGGGCUCAUUAUGCAUCACUCGCGACGAUACAGCCUCCCGAGAAGUCCCACACGCAGCAGCUCUCUAAGGAUAUUCUCAAGCGGGUCGAACAAAAUUUUGUGAGAAUCAUUGGCUCUGCGGAUGAAGAGGCAGUACAAAUAUGUGUUCUACUGGGGAGCUUUUGUCUUUUUAAUGGCCGUCCGACCGCCGGGUUAGGGAUACUUGGAAGUGGCUUUAAGAUUGCCCAGGUUCUUCGGUUACAUCGAGAAGCCGCGCUUCCAGGAAUAUCGGCGGCUCGUCUGGAGUCCCGUAGACGUUCAUGGUGGGCGUUGGAGGUUUUCGAUAAAUAUGCGGCUAUUGCAUUUGGACGACCUUGCAGUGUCGAUGAUUCUGACUGCGACGUUAAAACGGUUUCAGAUAUAAGGACCAACAUGGAAGAACCGACUCGACAGACAGCGCAACUAGACUACCAUCGAUGGAAAUUUAGGCUAUAUCGUAUUAUGGGCCCAUUUCUGGGUCGAAGACUACAAACAAAUCGGCUUGAAUCGGUCAAGGGUAUCCAUGCUCAACUCACGUCGUGGCAAAACCAAUUGCCUGAAAACCUACGGCUAGAAAAUUACAAAGACAAAGAUACACUGCAAGCCCCGUCCCAGCUGCAGAUGCAAGCACUCGCUCUUCAGCUGACAUAUGACAACAUUCAAAUCAUUCUCCAUCGCAGUCUUGCCUUUGGGUCAGGCUCUAGGGCCUCCAACGGAGAUUGUUCGCCUCAUGAUCUGCCAAGGUCUGCUCUGUCCCGAGAACAACUUUUCCAGUCUGCGCUUCGAACAUCUGAUUUGAAUGACUAUCGCCAUGUACUGCAUGGAUGUAGAAAGACACAUGCAGCCAUGCAUAUUGGUAUAUGCCUUUUUACUGCUGGUGUAGUUCUAUGUGCUUUUGCAAUUUCGGAGCCUCUUUCAGCUACCAGUGAAGCUGCCAAGAAGGGCGUUAUGAACAUUUUACAGUUUCAGCACGAUCAUAUCUUGAAUGAACAUCUUCUUUCAGCACAGAGUAUGAAAAUACUGAAAGAUUUGGUGACUGUUCUUAUGUGUUCCGAACAGCGUUUCAUUCGUGGUGAUGAGACAACAGUCUCUCCACCUGUCACAACGGGUACGAAUGAAGAGGAAACCCAAGCGCGCAGACGGAAGAUAAAAACGCCAGCAUCAAAUGAAUCCGAAAUAAGUCGGUUUCAUUAUCCUUAUGGCAGAAUUUUUCCUGAAGGAUUGCCGAAUCAUCUCCCAGAGUCCUUCACGUCAAUUCCAAACAAGACCAGUGACGGAGAUGUUGAUGGAACGAACUUCUCAAUCGGUCCCGAACAGGACUUGCUUUCGAUGGAUUCGGCCGCCGGAAUUAUGUGGACGGGAGGUAACCCGUAUUUUACUGAUCCUAGCUUCGCAGACGCUAGUCAGCUGUGGCUGUGGUCUAAUAACCCAGAUGUGCAGCCCUUUUUUGACUAAAAAAAAAAAGAUGACGAGCUAUCUCUUCCCUGCGAAUUGCUUGGAGAAAUACUGUAGUGCUUGAUUUAGUCAUGUAAUGUGGACUGGGAUGAAUAUUGAUAUUAUGUAUCUAUCAUCAAACCUAUGGUUUUCUCUUACACUUUGCUCGCGAUCCACAAAAAAUCGGGGCCGUAGAAAUGUUUAUUUACGGAGAGGUUCAAUGUCCGUCGGAGUUGGGCGUGGGGGGCGGUGUAAUAGCAGAACGAUCCCGUCGGG